CUCUGCGUUUAGAGAUAGUCUCACACCGUAACAAAAAGGCCACCUAAAUCAAUCGCCGAAUUAGCAGCGCCCCUGGGACUGGCAGGAGGACGAUCCUUCCGACUUGCUUAUGUCGCAGAGUGCCCACGACGCUACGGCCAUCGCCAAGGCCGACGAGCUGCUUCUUCUGGCGCCGUCUGCGGAGGCUGUUAGGACGCGCGUGCGGGCUGUGGCCCAAUUUCUGCGGCGAGUGUUGCCGCUGUGCCGGGCCCACACGGUGGAGUUUUUUACGCGCGGCUUGUGGGAGAAGAUGGUGGCGCUUCCUCCGGAGACAGUGUUGGAUGCGUUGAGUGGAGAGAGGCUUCAGCAGCUCCUGGAAGAGCCACCUCCACAGCGAUCUCUGGAGGAGGCCGCCGAUGGCUGUGAUUUCCCAGACAUUUUCUGUGAAAAUUCUCAGAAAUUGGUCAAUGUGCGUGCUUUUGCUCUGGCCGCCAAGUACUACUCCAUGCCAAAUCUUGGAGUGUGUACCUCUUUAGAAGACAUGCUUAAAGCAUUGAACUGCCAACAACAGCCAAGAUCUG